CCUCAGUUCUUCUCAUUUCAAUACACUCACUAUACUAGUUAUCAUUGUUAUUAUUAUUAUUUUGUAUAUAUAUAUUUUUCACUUGAUGCUUCAUAUAAAAGCAUUAUCAUAAAUUGGAUUAACAUUUUACAUUGGCAUAGAACAGGGUUUUUUCCUUUCUAUUUAUAUAUUUACAUGAGUUCAUGGUGUAUAACUUAGACCGACUUGUUUUUAUUAUUUUUCAUUUUGUAUACACAUAUUUCAGUUUUAAAAGGAUUAUACAAAGUUUUCAUUGAACAUACUAUUUCUAAAUGAAUACCGGAUGUUUAUAUGUACGUAUGCAUAUACAUACACUUUUUUUUAAAAAAAAAGAUGUUUUAAAGUCUGAAUUACUAGACUAACUGCACAAAUCAACACUUUGUUUCAGUAUGCACAAUAGGGGAACUUUCAAAUGGUCUGUCUGUAUAAUAGUCAAACUGCAUUAAUACACAAAUAUAUAUGUAUAUAUAUGUAUAUCUAUGUAUAAUAUGUGCCUUUAUCGCUCACAAUUCGAAGAUUCUUUGACCACAUAUGAUGGUUUAUACUUUACAAUUUAUAAUUUUCAUCAUGGAUAGGUGCUUUGAAUUAAUGAAUACAUAAUUUAAAAAAAGAAGAGAAACAUAUAUAUAUUUCUUGAGUUAAUCUGUAUCUAACCACUACGAUUGCUGUAUAUACUACAAGAAUUACUUUAUCAUUAUGGAUUUCUAUAAACAUGAAAUUGUGGAUAAUUAAUAUUAUUAACCUCUUCUAAAUCAAACUCCAACUAUAUCAAAGUUUACUGAUUAAAUAAUGAAUUAUUUAUACUGCCGUUACUAUCAGUUAACGUUCAUUUUAUGUAUUUUUCAUUGGGUUUUACUAUUAUCAAGAAAAUGUCUAGCGGUAGAUGAAAUUGAAUUACGUCUUCGUAUGCGUGAAGAAAUUGCACCAUCUACACGUAUUGGUUCAGUUAUAUCAAGUUUACCCGUUAAUUUACGAUCACAAAUGCAUUUUUUAACUGAUAGUACAUUUUUUACAGUCACACCAACAAGUGGUGAAAUACGUGUUGGACGUUUAGUUGAUAGAGAACGACUAUGUCCGGAAUUUAAACUUUGUUGUGGUGUGAUUACAUGUGAAUUAAAAGCUAGUAUUUUUGUAACAAAUAAAGCUGCGGGAGAAUUUGCCGCUAGUGUUUUAUUGAAAGUGGAAAUUCAAGAUCAAAAUGACAAUAGACCAACAUUCAAUGCACAAAGUCAGACAGUUACUUUAUCUGAAGCUACUGCUGUGGGCACAUUAAUAAGUAUUAAUGCAGCGACAGAUGCAGAUAUUGACCCUGAAAAUCAGAUACAACGUUAUACUCUUGUCGAACCUACAGGCACAUUUAAACUAGAUUUAUCUGGACUCCCUACAGUUCGUUUAGAAUUAUUACGUCCACUUGAUAGAGAACAAGUAUCUGAAUAUAAGGCAAGCUUAGAAGCAUGUGAUCCUGGUGCAUGUACACGACAAACACUAGAAAUCCAAAUUCUUGACGAAAAUGACAAUAGCCCACGUUUAGCAAACACCCGAUUUAAUAAACGAUUAAUUGAAAAUAUUCCAGUUGGUACUGUAGUAUUACAACUGAACGCUACUGAUAUUGAUUCAGGAGAAAGAGGCAGGGUUAUGUACAGUUUUCAUGGAAAAAUUGAUUCCGAUUUAACUGAAACAUUUGAGCUUGUUCGAGAUACCGGUGAAAUUAAACUAAAAAGACCGUUAGCAGCAAAUAUACGUGAUAGCUAUGAAUUCAAAAUUAUUGCAUGUGAUGCAGUAAAUAGAGCAUGCAGUGGAGAUGAGAAUUCAACUGCUGACAUCACAUUUACUGUGGAAGAUGUGAAUAAUUUCCCACCAUCAAUUCAUGCUGUGGCUGCAGGAGCAGCACUAGUUACUGGCUCAAUCGAUCAAAAUAAAGGAAUUGAGUCAAAAACAGGUGAAUCAGAUCAUAACAAUUUCAAUGAACCAAAACCCGGUGACGAAUUAAGUAUCUUAGAGAAUUCUCCACCAAGUCAAAUAGCAGUUUUAACUGUUCGUGAUGAUGAUACUGGUGAUAAUUCUAAAGUAUCAUGUUCGUUAAAUGAUACGAAUAGUAACAUAUUAUCAAACGGUGAAAAGACCACCCAAAAUUUUAUACUUACUCCUAGUACUCCAGGAAUUUAUUCAUUACGUACUGCGAAAGUAUUUGAUUAUGAAAGUGAAUCAACUGUACGUACAACAGUUGUUUGUCAUGAUUAUGGUAAACCACAACAACUAACUUCAGCUAGAGUGAUUACAGUACAAAUAAUGGAUGUUAAUGAAUUUCAACCGGAAUUUUCACGUCGUGUUUAUGUUAGUCGAGUACCAGAAAAUGCACCACCAGGAAUGGAUAUUCUUACAACUACAGCAUUAGAUAGAGAUAGAGCUGCUAUUUUAAGUUAUAAAUUUGCACCUACUUCAACAUUAUCAUUUAAUGAAGAGGGAAAAGAUUUACAUAAAUCUGAUAGUACACAAACAGACGAUGGAGUUUAUAAACAUUUUAUUAUUGAAUCACAAACUGGAAUAAUACGAACAAGUCAAUGAAGGUCAAUUUCAUGCAAAACAGAAGAAAAAGCAUAACAGUGCAAUAAUGAAUCAGAAUGCAAGCACAUUUGACGAAACUUCGUAUUUUGUUGAAAAUGAUUUCAAUGAUACAAACCAUAUAAACUUUCAUUUUGAAUUGAUAUUUUGUAAGAAAAAUUGAGAUUAGACAGUUUGAAAUAUUCUUUCGUGUAUUCUGAAAAAGACAAAUAUACUUUUAUCAUUUUUAUUAUGAGUGACAAUGACUAGAAUAUACGAGAUUGUAAUUCUGAUGUCUAAAGGUGGUGAUAGAGUUAGGAAGUAAGCAAAACAAGCAGUUAGGUCAAUAAUGAUGAUAUGUUUAUGUACAUUUUAUGUAAAGGGCUGUAAAGAUUGUUGAGUCUCAUUAAAAUCAUGAACCGAUCAGGUUGAAAGCACUAGUGAAAAUCUGGAACCACUAGAAGGCCGUUUCGUCCAAGAAAAGACUCUUCGGUGGUGUGCUUCCACAACACGGAGUGUUGAAUCCAGCACCUGUCUCGCGCGAAAGCGUAAUCUUUAGACCAUUGAGUCGGCAUCCAAAAAUGGUACUAUCUAAAUUAAGUCAAUCUACGACUUUCCAUGACCAACGUCGUUUGUCUUACGUCGGUCACUGCCUUACACGUAUUAGCUUUACUGGUCACGGUUUCUUGAAAGCAUUACGGAAAUGUCCUCUCAAAGUUAGUUACCAGUAAGCACAUGAUAGUUCUGAUUGAGGGGUUGUGGGGAUUGUUGAGUUUGUUUGAUUAUUAGGUCUCACAGAGUGAACACUUUCUAGAGUUUAAUCCGUUGUUGGGUUAUCAGUACGAACAUUUGAAAGUCAUAUACGAGUAAGAAACAGAUAUUCAGCGCAUCUUGGUUAUCCGCAUCUGUCUGGCUUAAUCCACUUCGUGAUACAAAAUAUGUUCAAGCCAUCGAUUAUCGACAUUGGCAGAUCAUGAAUAAUAAACCAAAUAUAACUCCACUUCGUAUGUAAAGACAAUGGUCUUCCUCAUGUAAAAAACAUGGGAAGACUUAACAACUCAAAUUUAUGGUUUUGGUAGAAAUCGUUGUUGUAUUGUUGACCUCACAUUGAGUUCUCCGUACUGUGAUUACUUAAUUAAGUUUGAAUAACAAUUAGAAAGAUCAAGUUCAUUAAUGUUUGUUUUCACUCCGUAAUUCACCAAAUUUAUGUUUCUAAGUAUGCCCCGUAGAGAAAAAUAGAAGUUUUAUAUAACUUUUAUCAUCAAUAAAACCAACAUGAACUACAGCAGACAGAUGAAUGUGAAGUGAAACACAAAUAAGAAAUUGAGUUCACCUAGUCUAGACUACUUCAAUUUUAAUCAAAGUUAAAUAAAUUUGUUUUACACCUUUUUCUGUUACGAACCCCCUGCUAAUUACCUAUGGUCAGUUAUUAAGAAAACUUCUGUUGAGUAAUAUAAAUCAUUUCAAAGUUAGCAUUAUCAAUAAAUAAAGAAUUGUGAAAAUCAUUUUCAUCUCAAAAUGACUCCGGCUAGAUAAUUACAGAAAACUAUAGAGAGCUGAAAGUUAGUUUCACUUCAGUUUACGAAUAUACAGUAGUUCUCUCCAAAUAUAUUAAAGGCAUUUUAAUGUUUUAAUUGAUUAAGCUUUGUUGAAUGCAAGGGACUAAUUGUCAGUGGGAUUAGUUUAUUGCCUCCUUAUAUCAUGAUUGAUUAUACACUGAAUUCGAUUGAUAUUUCAUCAAGCUAAAGGAAACAAGCGAAAUAGUUCAACAAAAGUAUCCCACUUGAUUAAAAGUUACGAUAAUCAAUUUCCUUUCAUGCAUAUAAGAAAAUUGUACAACAAUUCUCAUUGUACUUGACAAAGUAAUUGAUUGUUAACUUUAAAUCACACUGUACUGCAUUAACAUCAUCAUCUCACCAGGAUAUUUCAAACUAGAUCAUAAAAUAUUCAAGAAUUUCCGUAAGUUCUCAUAAGUUGAGAAAAUGAGUUGAUCAAUCACUCUACGUCACCACUGUUCAGUGUUAGGUUAAGGAAAAUCUUGCACUGAGCACAUCCGAAUAUCGACUGUUUUAUAAAAACCUUAUUCUUUUAAUGUAAGCUCUACCUACACUCCUUUACAGGAUAUUCCGUUUAUCUUUAUAUCUCAUUAAUAACUUCCUCUUUUCUGAAGGUGCAGUCAUUCACUACCACAGCGUCUGCAUAUUUAUCACUUCUGACAAACCCUAGAUGUAACUGUAUCAUUCUGAACUCCAACCAAAUAGUAUGUUUUAAGACAAAUGGAUGAUAAUUCAUUUUAUAUAAAAACACAGUUUCGCUAUUAUUAUUUUAACGUAAUUUAGUUAAAUACUUUUUCAUUUUCUGUCACUAGCUACUUUACCUAAUACUUUAGUAAAUUAUUUCGAAUCGAAUAGCUAGUUGUCUUUUAUUGAAUGACUUUUAUUAUUGUGCAUCUAGUUAAUAAUCACUCAUGACAUAUUAUAUUUAGUCAAUUAAUAUAUGAAUAGAUGAACUCACUCACAGCUCAGAACCUGAAGCACUGAUAUAUUUGAAAGAGUUUUGUCCUGUGAUGUUUACUAUGUCAGAAAAUUCUUACAAUCAUAUAAUAACUUUCAUUACUUACUCUGUAAGUAGAAGAAGAUUUUAUAAACAUUUGGACGACUAACAGAUAUUAUCGAACUGAAAAUAACUUAAUACUGAUUGUUCCCAAUCCAUUGAUUACAUCUUCACUUCUAGCCAAUUUAAGUUCUAAUGUGAUCAUACACUCAAUUCCUCAGGUAUCCUACUUACCUCGAGCAGUUUGUCAUAAAGUU